CCAGGACCAAGCUGGCCCGCUGGAAGCCGCUCCCUGAGCUCCUGAGUGCCGCUGGUUGGACCCGAACGGACCCGAACGGACAGCGGACCAGUGACGGGGACGCGCAUGGAGCCGCUGCUGCUCGGCUUUGGAUUUGCUGGGAAAAAGGGAGCGAGAUUCUGAAAACAUACUUUUAUUUUCGGUCUUUGUUCGACCUUACAGUGAAAUCCUCAGAAUCGGUCAGUCUGAAUGAUUGAGCGGGUCAUGGAGGAGGAGAAAAUGGAGAGCUUCAACCGGGUCGCCUUUCGGAGGAAGCAGCGCAGUCUGGACAUGGGACAUGGACGCGCUACAGAAAGGAAAGGCAAAACUCCAUGCUACCAGACCAGAAGUCCUGAUGAUGAGGCCUGCAUAGCGGUGAAAAUCGACCAGUCCAGAGCUCUAGGCUGCAGCUCGCCGAGGAAAGCCAGCGGCGGCUCGCCCAUCCUGCAGGAGUGUCUGAAUCGGGCGAUUGGGGGGGCAGCUGACAGGAGGAGGGGAGGGGUCAAUGGAAGAGUACCUGGAAGCAGGACUCUGCUACGGUCUAAACCACAAGUGCCGCCAAAGCCGGAGCACCUGCUGAGUCCAGUGUCUCCUCUGCAGCCGCCGCCGGGCAGCGUCCAGAAAUCCCCGCUGAGAUUCAUCAUGGAGGACGGAGGAGGAAAGCCGACCACCACGCCGCGCGACAGGGUCAAACCGUCCAAAGUGUCGGACCUGAUCAGCCGUUUUGAGGAGAACCGCAGCGCAGACAACAAGAGAGACGGCUCGGCGCUCAAACAGACCAGCAAGGUGUCCAGCUCCAGCUCGGCUCUCCGCGUCUGCCAGCUGACCGACAUCAGCAAGAUUCAGGAGAAGUUCUCGUCCCCGGCAGCCGCGACGCAGGAUGCCAAGAGGCCAGCGGCCAACGGGGUGCUAGCACAGAUGGAGCAGGACAAGGAGACGGAGGAGGAGACGCACCACAGCAUGAGGACAGAGACUGCUGAGCUCGUAAAUGGAGAUUUGGAAAGACCAGAUGAGGUGGACGAUCAUUCAGCUUCACAGCACUCGGACAGGACCGGUGCUGAGAAUGAGGACAGGGAGAAAACAACAGAAACUCAGCAGAAGAGUGAAGAGGGACACUCUGAGCAAAAGGAGACGAACGAGCAGAAGCUGUUUAAGAUCGCCAGCGAGCUGCUGCACACGGAGAAGGCGUACGUGGCCCGACUCAACCUGCUGGACCAGGUGUUCUGCACCAAGAUGAUGGAGGAGGCGAAUAAAGGCACUUUCCCUCUGGAUGUGGUGAAGAACAUCUUCUCCAACAUCACCUCCAUCCACGCCUUCCACAGCCAGUUUCUGCUUCCUGAUCUGGAGAAACGCAUGGGGGAAUGGGCGUCCACACCGCGGAUCGGCGACAUCCUGCAAAAACUCACCCCCUUCCUCAAAAUGUACGCUGAGUACGUGAAGAACUUCGACAAGGCCAUGGAGCUGCUGAAGCAGUGGACCGACCGCUCGCCGCCGUUCAAGGCCAUCAUUCAGGAGAUCCAGAGUCAGGAGAUCUGCGGCAGCCUGACGCUGCAGCAUCACAUGUUGGAGCCGGUGCAGAGAGUUCCCCGAUACGAGAUGCUGCUGAAGGAUUACCUGAAGAAACUUCCUCAGAACGACCCGGACCGCAGCGACGCAGAAAAAUCAUUAGAAAUCAUCGCCACAGCAGCCACCCACUCCAACAGCGCCAUUAGGAAAUCUGAAAACCUGAAGAAGCUGAUGGAGAUUUACGAGAUGCUGGGUGAAGAGGAGGACAUCGUUCAUCCGUCCAACGAAUUCAUCAAGGAGGGCCACAUCAUGAAGCUGGCCGCCAGGAACACCUCCACCAUGGACAGAUACCUGUUCCUGUUCAACAACAUGCUGUUGUACUGCGUGCCUAAAUUCAGCCUGGGCGGACCCAAAUACACGGUGCGGACCCGGAUCGGGAUCGACGGCAUGAAGGUUGUGGAAACGAGCAACGAGGAUCAUCCUCACACCUUCCAGGUGUCGGGCAAAGAACGGAUGCUGGAGCUCCAGGCCAGCUCAGAGCAAGACAAGGCGGGAUGGAUCAAGGCUUUCCGGGAGACCAUCGAUAUCUUCCAGCAGAAGAACGAGUCAUUCAAGAACGCUCUGAAGGACGUGGAGGAAGUUUCGAAAGCUGAGCUGGGGAAGCGGGCUCCUCGCUGGAUUCGUGACAAUGAAGUGACGAUGUGCAUGAAGUGCAGGGAGCCUUUCAACGCCAUCACACGGCGGCGGCAUCACUGCAGAGCCUGCGGUUAUGUGGUUUGCUGGAAAUGCUCAGACAACAAGGCACACCUUGAAUAUGACAACUACAAAGUGAACAAAGUCUGCAAAGACUGCUACUCCAUCCUGACAGGAGAAGGGGUCACCGAGGGCCGAAGGAAGGGCAUCCUGGAGAUCGAGGCGGCUCAGUUCACAGACAGCAGCAUCAUGUCAGGCUUCCUGCAGCACUCUGAGAAAGGAGGCAAGCUGUGGCAGCGGGUCUGGUGUGUGAUCCCAGAGAAAGAGUGUCUGGUGCUCUACCUGUACGGAGCUCCACAGGACGUGAAGGCCCUGUGCACCAUCCCGCUGCUGGGCUACACGGUGGAGGACGCCGACACGCCGGCCAGCUUCCGCCUGUCCCAGUCCAAGUUUGUCCACACCUUUGCUGCUGAGAGCGAGGAGCUGAAGCAGCGCUGGCUGAAGGUCAUCCGAGCGGCGGUGACCGGAGAGAUGCCGGCGCGGCCCGAAACCAACGGCGGCGAGAACAGCGGCGCGCAGGAAGCUAAUCCUGACGACACCUAGGAGGGUCGUCCGCUCACUCGGCCUGCUGCGGGACUUUCCUCCGCGUCCAACCCGCUGCCGGACUGUCCAGGACCCAAAGACGUCCUCUGUCCUGUCCUCCAGGACGCAACGGGACGACGGGAUAAGCUGCCGUCUCCAGGGUUUUCUCCUGCUAUCUGUGCUGGAUUACUAACGUUUCUGGUACAAUCAACACUAGAGCAGGGGGCUUCGAGACGCACCUUCUGCCCCCAAUGAGCACUAUAAAGGAACAUUCAGACUCAGUCUUUCAGGAGGCGUCCAGGAUGGGACUCAAACUACGUCUGCUGGUGCUGUAAAUCUCUUUCUUGUACAGAACGUUUUUUAUAUAAAAAAAACAACACUUUUUUCAUUUAUGUACAAAAAUUCAGUCUCAAGCUUUUCUGUUAUGAAAAAGAGGAACAUCUAAACAUCAUCGAAAAUAUUCACAGUAUUCCCUCUGACUGGAGCGCCGGAGGAGACGGUUUUAAAACGAAGAACAUGAAGCUGGAUUCUCAUCUCUUCACUCAAUCUGCUAAAACAAGAGACAAACAUAAAAAUUAUGUGAUGCAGAUUAAAAACUAUAUUUAUUACAUAUUAUUUGAAGCAUGGUAAACCUGUGCUUUAAAUAAUUAAACCUUCAUUAGCAAAAUAAAUGGGAUUCUUUUUUGUUGUUAAAAUCUUGUCUCAUUUUCACGUUAAGCAUGUAAUCACAUUGUAUUUAUUUAAAAAUCCAAGUGAAAAAAUGUUAGGAUAAACAUUUCUGCUGCAAUCAAAAGUUUCUUUGCUGUAAAAUCUCCCAUUUUUCUAUCACUACUUACGUUUAAUGAGGUGUAUCUUAAAGAUAAGAAAGUAAAACAACAGGUUGACACUAGACAGGCUCUCCAAAAUCUUUCUUAAAUUAUGGAAUAAAUAGACAUGAGCUAACAUGUAUGUAUAACUCAACAUGUAUGAGCUAUACAUACAUGUUAAUCUCUGAUCUAUGCAGAUUUACAAUCUGAUCAGAUUUGGUUUUCUUUGCGUGUUUAGCAUUGAGAUGCUAUUUCAGGCUAGCAUAGCUUUGCUGACAGGUUAACUGCUUUUAGUACAACUUGAACACAACAAUAGUUUUUUCCAGCGUCCAAUCAGAUCAGUUUAUUAGUCGAAAUUAACCGAGAACAGCCGCUUUGUUCUCUAGCGCUGUUGUUUUGCGGACGUUGCUUGUGCGUCAGAUUUACGGGCGUACCAGAAAUAUGUUCCGCUCGGAACAUUUGUAUGUAAAACCUUGAAGUCAUUAAUUACGUUAAAAUGUUAAAGCACAAAUAUAUGUAAUCAAUUAACUGAAAUUAACGCGUUAAAGUCCCGGCUGCAUGUUAAACAUAAGUUUGAAUACAAAAAGCCUAAUGAUGCCACUGCCGUAAACAAACCACAUAAAAUGCAUAACUUUCAUAUUUUUUCGCUCCCUUAUUGGAUUCAUGUUAAUGUUUAUUUAAAGAUUAACAUUGAAACUAAUACUGUAAAAUAUCAACUCAUCGAAGACCUCUGCAGAUCAUGUCAUUUUUCCUGUUUGUCUCUCCGAUUCAGAUUUAGCUAAAACUUUCGUUUGACCGGAUAUGACGCAACGUCUGCGGAAAUUAAUAUCUCCAUGUUACUGACGGCAGGAAAUGACAGAAAGUCCUUUAGGGAAAUCAUCAGAACUAUUAAACAUAUUUGAUUUAAAUGUAUGUUGCCAUUUGCAUCAAAAUAGCAAUUUAGUAUUUUAACCACGGCUGGAGGGAGAGAAAUGGUUUGUCUUAAUGUUUCAGUGUGAUGAUGGAGAAGCAGCACAAUCAGACACAGCCAGCCGAUGAAACAAGUGUAAAUGUGUUUUUACUGCUGUAGUUAUUUUUUAUUUAAAGUAAUUUAUAGAGUAUGAUGGACUGUUGAAUGGAGCACAAACUUGUUUCUUCGCAGUCAGCUGAGGAAAGCAACCAACCGGUCAAAUGGCCGCCAACAUUGACUUUGAGGGGAAAUGUGCCAAUUGUUUUAUUUUUGCUCAUCUCUGAACCGUUCCCCUCUGCAGUAUUCAAAUAAAGCAAAAACAAUAGAGCACAAACCCUGUGAUGAAUCUGAAUGUAAAUCUAUACUUCUGUCUUCAUCGCCUCCCCAAACAUUUGAGAAUCUACGCACUUUACACCCUGAAAGAAACAAAAGUGUACCUGCAAAGAAAAUAAAAGACAUCCAGUGGUCUGUG